UCCUGUUGUCGCCUCCUCUCUCCCCACUCCGAGCCCCCUCUCCUCCCCGCCUUCCGCGCCGCCUCGCCCCGCCUCGAGAUGCGGAGCCUCGCCGUCGCGAGCCCCGUCCCGCCAGCCGCCGCCCAUCGACGGAGGCUCCGGCCGUCCGCCUCCGGCAGGGAAGUAGUUUCACAAUGUUUGAAGUGUGAGAUAAAUCAGGACCGACCUAUGGGAGCUCUAAGGAUAGGUCACUCUCAAGGAAAUUUGCCAAGACAUGGUUCGAAGAAUCUGCUCACACCAGCUGCUGCAGCCAUUUCAGUUGAACAAGUUGAAGUCAGUACCUAUCUUCCAAAAGGUGAUAUGUGGUCUGUGCACAAGUUUGGUGGCACUUGCAUGGGAACACCUCAGAGAAUUCAGAAUGUUGCUGAUGUAGUUCUUGGUGACUCUUCCGAGAGGAAGCUGAUAAUUGUCUCUGCAAUGUCCAAAGUUACUGACAUGAUGUACAGUCUCGUGCAUAAGGCUCAGUCAAGGGAUGAUUCUUACACAGAAGAAUUGGAUAAAGUUUUUGAGAAGCAUAUGGCUGCAGCGAAAGAUCUUCUUGAUGGAGAAAACCUUGCAAGAUUUUUGUCUCAGUUGCAUUCGGACAUCAGUAACCUGAGAGCAAUGCUUCGUGCUAUUUAUAUAGCUGGACAUGCAACAGAAUCUUUCUCUGAAUUCGUUGUUGGGCAUGGGGAGUUGUGGUCAUCUCAGAUGCUAUCGUAUGCUGUGCAGAAGUCUGGAGCAUCUUGUAGUUGGAUGGAUACAAGAGAAGUUCUAGUUGUAAAACCUAGUGGUCCUGACAUGGUAGAUCCUGAUUAUGAGGAAUCUGAGAAGCGACUCGAGAAAUGGUUUUCACGCCAACCUGCUGAGAUAAUAGUUGCUACUGGCUUUAUCGCGAGUACAGCUGAAAACAUCCCUACUACUCUGAAAAGGGAUGGAAGCGAUUUCUCAGCAGCAAUAAUUGGUUCUCUUGUUAGGGCACGCCAGGUCACAAUCUGGACCGAUGUUGAUGGGGUAUUUAGUGCCGAUCCUAGAAAAGUCAGCGAGGCUGUGAUCUUAAGCACAUUAUCAUAUCAGGAGGCCUGGGAAAUGUCAUACUUUGGAGCAAAUGUGUUGCAUCCCCGUACCAUUAUACCUGUGAUGAAAGACAAUAUUCCCAUUGUCAUUAGGAACAUGUUCAAUCUCUCUGCCCCUGGAACUGUGAUUUGCAAGCAGCCUGCUAACGAAGAUGCUGAUCUGGAUGCUUGUGUCAAAUCAUUUGCUACUAUAGAUAAAUUGGCCCUUGUUAACGUUGAAGGAACUGGAAUGGCUGGUGUUCCAGGUACAUCAAGUGCCAUAUUUAGUGCUGUAAAAGAGGUCGGAGCUAAUGUUAUCAUGAUAUCUCAGGCUAGCAGUGAACACUCGAUAUGUUUUGCUGUUCCAGAAAAGGAAGUUGCAGCAGUCUCUGCAGCCUUGCAUGUUAGGUUUCGUGAGGCAUUAGCAGCAGGAAGGCUCUCUAAGGUUGAAGUCAUUCAUGAUUGCAGCAUUCUUGCUGCUGUUGGCCUGAGAAUGGCAAGUACUCCUGGAGUCAGUGCAAUCCUUUUUGAUGCGCUAGCAAAGGCAAACAUUAAUGUACGAGCAAUAGCUCAAGGUUGCAGUGAGUACAAUAUUACUGUUGUAUUGAAGCAAGAAGAUUGUGUCAGGGCUCUAAGAGCUGCUCACUCAAGGUUCUUCCUCUCAAAAACCACACUUGCUAUUGGGGUCAUUGGACCUGGUUUGAUUGGGGCAACACUGCUCAACCAGCUCAGGGACCAGGUAGCAGUCCUGAAGGAAAAUAUGAAUAUUGAUGUGCGUGUCAUCGGAAUAACUGGCGCAAGCACGAUGCUUUUGAGUGACACGGGAGUAGACCUAACCAGGUGGAAAGAAGAAAUGCAAAAGGAAGCAAAACCAGCUGAUCUUGCUAAUUUUGUUCGCCAUUUGUCUGAGGACCAUGUGUUUCCAAACAAAGUAUUGGUGGACUGCACAGCAGAUACAAAUGUGGCAUCUCACUACUAUGAUUGGUUGAAGAAGGGUAUCCAUGUCAUCACACCGAAUAAAAAAGCAAAUUCUGGUCCACUUGAUCGGUAUCUGAAACUAAGGACUCUACAGCGUGCAUCAUAUACUCAUUACUUUUAUGAAGCAACUGUUGGUGCAGGCCUGCCAAUAAUUAGCACCCUGCGAGGUCUUCUGGAGACAGGUGACAAGAUAUUGCGUAUUGAAGGCAUUUUCAGUGGAACUCUGAGUUAUAUUUUCAACAAUUUUGAAGGAACAAGGAGCUUUAGUGAUGUUGUUGCUGAAGCAAAAGAAGCUGGAUACACUGAGCCAGACCCAAGAGAUGAUCUAUCUGGAACAGAUGUUGCCAGAAAGGUCAUUAUCCUUGCAAGGGAGUCUGGUUUGAGACUUGAGCUUUCGGAUAUCCCGGUAGAGAGCCUUGUGCCAGAGGCGCUAAAGUCAUGCUCGUCGCCAAAUGAAUUCAUGCAAAAGCUACCAUCGUUUGACCAGGAUUGGGCUAGACAGCGCCAUGAGGCUGAGGCUGCAGGCGAAGUACUGCGGUAUGUGGGAGUGGUGGACGUGCUGAACGGAAAGGGAAGGGUAGAACUGCAGAGGUACAAGAGGGACCACCCAUUUGCCCAGCUAUCUGGUUCCGACAACAUCAUCGCCUUCACCACUUCGAGGUACAAGGAGCAGCCGCUGAUCGUGCGAGGGCCGGGCGCAGGCGCGGAGGUGACUGCCGGAGGCGUCUUCUGCGACAUCCUGCGGCUGGCGUCCUACCUCGGCGCCCCCUCAUAGACAUCUGCGCCUGUAUUGGUAGAUUUUCUGGGGUAGAUGGACGGCAACUUGUACUCUUCUUGCACAAUAUUGGACUUGGUAGCAUUUUGUUCUGAAUGCUUGCGAGGAAAGCAAAUAAGGUGUUUUGUUUUGUUUGCCAGUGUGCUGUUCCUUGUUAGAGGGUGUAGGGAUCAGGUGUUUUGUUUUGUUUUGUUUGCCACCCAGUCCCAGGCCAUGCCACAACUGUUACUAAAUUAUCAAUGCAAUAAUAAAGAAGGGAAUGCCUCUUUCUACAA